CUGACAGGCUGACUAAUAUCUGUGCGUGUUUAGUCUGGCCUGAGUGUUUACUGUCAACGUAGAAGAACGAGAGAAAUGAAACGUUGAGAAAAGAUUCAGAGGAUCUAAAGUACAGGGAUUUUUGCGAAUAUCUAAAACAAACUGCGAGCAUGACGAACGUGUACUCAUUCGAUGGCAUCCUGGUGUUCGGGCUCCUGUUCAUCUGCACCUGUGCCUACCUAAGGAAAGUACCUCGCCUGAAGAAUUGGCUACUCUCAGAGAAGAAAGGUGUUUGGGGCGUUUUCUAUAAAGCUGCAGUGAUUGGGACGAGACUUCAUCUAGGUGUGGCACUCUCCUGCUUUGCCAUGGCCUUUUAUGUUCUGUUCAUAAAAUGACAGGCAAUAUUACAUUUGGAUGCAAGGAACGGUACCUUAGACAUGCCCAAGGACUUGCGUGUACAGCGAAGGCUGCCCUCUACUGGCCAGGAAGUCCAGACACUUUGUAUCAUCUGGUGUUUUGCCCAGCUACCAAGCAAAGACCUACACUACAAGAAAACUGACUUCUGCAGUGUGUUCUCGGUACUCUAAUACUGCAAGUGACAGGUUAUGUAAUUUGUAGCAGUUAUUGUGAAGGAUGGAGAAGAGCAAAAUUAUUUUGGCCAGCGAUUUUUGUAUUUGCAUUUGACUGUUUGAAAAGAAGCGGGUAACAGAUUUUUUUUUUUAAAUUUACGUUAUUGUUGGGUCACAUAGAAAUUCUUCAGGCUGUUUAGGUUAUUUAGAACAGGGGUGUGUAAACCUCAAACAGUGUGCUGUUUUCUGUUUACCCAGGCAAUCGGGAAUUCGACCGAGAAAUUAUCUUUCAUACAGUUCAUUAAUGCCUCGUUUUUUGGUUGCUAACAGUUACAAUAAAUAUGCCCUUCUUAACCCCAUAAUUCUCAUGUUUAACAUUGUAGACAGUACCCCCCCACCCCAGGGGCAUUUGGUUUAGCCUAGUGGGAAUAGUCCAUUUAGGGCCUUACACAGGGCACAUUCAGUGAAAGCUCUUCUCUUACUGGAAAACUGUUGAUAUAAGCCAGGUCUUGCUAAUGAAUAAAAUAAGAAUGUGUCAAUAUUUUUCCAUGCUUUAAGUUCUUGCUGUAGUCUGUGUUAGAUUUUAAGAACAAGUUUGUAAAUAUUGUUUUUUAAAGAGUAUCAGCUGCUGUCUGAGAAGAGGGGAAAUGGUUAUAUAAAUGUGUUCUGCCCAAUUAGAGUGUAAACAUAAACACUAGUGAUUUCAACUUAUUCCAAAGUUCGUUUUCUGUAUGUUACAAAUGUCUGAUUAUAUAAAUUUAUUUAAAGUUCUAUGGUGAAAUAAUUGCUAAAAUUGAAGGUGAGUUUUUUAAGCUUUAAAAUGCAGCAAUUAGUGCCACAUGGAAUUCUUAAUACCUCGCCUUUUAGAUCUUUUGAGCUGUUAUAACCCCUUUGGAAAUUAAUUGUAUAAAUACAUAGAGAUAUUGAAGCAUAAUAUAGAUUUAAGUAAAUUUGAUAGUCUGUUAUAAUAUCCAGGGCUGUCUGAUAAUACAUGUAUUUAAGCAUCUGUGGAUUGACAUUAUUAUAAGUCAGUGUUGUCACAGUUAAAAGAGGGCCAAGGUGGGGAGAAACUUUAUAGUUGGUGCUCAUACUGGAUGGAGGGGAAAUUCCUCGGGCUACAGAAGCGAAGCAGGGAGGGACCUGAUGCCUGCUGGAGACUCAGGCUCUGAUUUUGCCCUUCUUUGCAUGUUACUCCUGUUUGGCACCAAGUGGCAUGUAAGUUCUCAGCUUUUGCAUCAGUCCACAAUUUAUGCUAAAAUUCUAACCAAUUCAGUUUCACUGUGUUUUAAAUUUAUCAUUGUUUCAGAUUUAAUUAAAACUUGUAUUCGCCAAACUUGUCUUAUGUUGGUGUUUUAGUUCUUUACUUUUUUACUCUUGGGAAAAUUUGUAUCUGGACUGGUGCAAAAGCUGGGCAGAUCAGGAUCUUAGUGUGCAAGUCAAACUCAGCUUUGAGUGAGCCGGAAGAACUCAAGCUGUCUGGAGCCUCUAGGCAUCAUGGAUUCAAAUAGAAGGUCAACGGAAUAGGGGACGGGGAGAGAGAAUAUUACAGCUUAAAUAUGCUGCUGAUGGUCCAGCUUCACCAUCCAAUAACCUUAAACGGAGACAAACAGGAUUUACCCCCUUUAUUGAUGUGAGAAGCAUUUUGCAGGGGGAGGGUUCAAUGCUGGGGAAACUGGUCUACAGAGAGGAGUCAUACCAUUCCACAAGCACCUGCAUAUGAAACAGUUGUUUAUUGGUUAUUUACACUGCAUGUGCAAUUAAAUAUAAAUGUCGCGUUUGAGAGUCUAACAGCUAGAUGACAACCUCAAAGUUCACACGUGCUUUCAUCUAAUGUUUCACAGUUGAAUACUGUACCUUAGAAAACACAAUGAAUUAAAUAAUUUAUUGUUGCAUUUGUUUAUUGAUCUUCCCUUUGAUGGUCUGGUUCCUGUUUGUGUUCUAUAUUUUCAAAUAAACUAUCAUUCUUUUUAGCA